CAGCCAUCUUGAAUUUGCCCUGAUGCGGUAAAGUUUUUGUCAGCACGUGUGGAUGUGGAACACAGUUUAAUUUGUUUUAAUUUUUUUGGAAUGUGCAAUUUUACACCUCCGCUUCAAACCACCACUAUCUCAGUUAUUUUCAUUAGUCUUAUUGCCCUCGUUUUCUUAAGCGCCGUCUUAUCAUCAGCCCUCAUUUGGCAUAAGUGUGUGGCUUCGAGAUCAUCUCGAAAAUAAAUUAACAGUUCAGAUAUUGGACUACAAAGAGUGCUACAGAGAGUCAGCGUUUCACCAUCAGACAGGUGCUAACAGGCUGAAGUUGGCCUAAUGGAGUGGAAGUGCAAGUUGUGUUCUGCAACUUCAAAUACCCGGGGACAAUUAUUUUGGCACUAUACUGUACUGCAUAGCCAAUAUUCAAGAGUGUCCCCCCUCCCAUGUCUCUAUGACAGUUGCAUUUGUACUUUUCCAUCAUUUGAAGCGAUGAAAGCUCAUCUGUCAAGAUCUCAUAAUGAUUCAUGUAGAGUAGAUGCAACUGAAGGAGCAUGCAGCUUUUUUACAUGUCCUUUGUGUAACGUAAAACAGCCCUUUUCUGAGGAAAUUCUUUUUGGUCAUUUGAGAAGUCAUUUACGAAGUCAUGAGAUGGUAGCAUGCCCAUUCAAGAACUGCAAUUACAGAACAAAUAGCUACUCAGCGUUUAAUGCACAUAAAAGUAGAAAACAUGGUGGUGAUUCUGACUUUGGUGAAUGUGUUGUAUUGGCAGACAAUGAUAGUUCCCCAGUUGUAGUUGCAGCAGAAAGUCUUUGGGAACCUGCUGAACGUCAGAGUGCAGGGUCUGCGGACACGUUUGAUCUCGACGAUGUAAACAGUCAGUGUGACACAGACACUUUAAGAGCCCAGUUGAACCAAAACUUGGCAUCAUUAUUCUUAAAGAUGUAUUCUAUUCUUCAUGUAUCUGACAUGGCAUCUCAGGAAAUAGUGGAACAUCUGACUCAAUUAUUUUCCUUGUCCCAACCAAUACUCAAACAUGACAUUAGUGAGGUCUUUCAGAGUCAUGGCAUCACUGUCAGUGAAACACUUCUAAAUGAGGUUGUCAGUAUUGUAAUGGACAGUAAUGUUAUUGUCAGUGCCACGGCUAAGGGGAAGCAGUUAUCCUCAACCAAGAGAAGGAAAACCUUCAUCGAAAAGAAUUACCCUGUGGUAAAGCCUGUACAGUAUCUGCUACAGCCAGGACACACAUCUGUACAUGUUCCCAUUCUUGAGAUGAUACAAAAAAUCUUCAGUCAUACAGAUAUUCUGGACAAAAUUAAAGAAACAAAAGUGGCACAAAACAGUCAUUAUGUAAGCCACCAAGAUGGUUUGUACUUCAAAGAGAACACAUUCUUGUCUUCAGAUCAGUUAAAGAUAACACUCAUUUUGUACAUUGAUGAUUUGGAAAUAGCCAAUCCACUUGGCACAUCACGCAAAAUACACAAAAUCUGUUCAGUUUACUGGAUGUUUGCUGAUCUUCCCAGUAAAUACCGAUCAGCCCUGCAUGUAAUUCAGCUUGCAGCUUUAUGUAAAGUGGCUGACAUACAGACAUUUGGCUAUGAAAAAGCACUUGGUCCUUUGUUGAGAGACCUCCGUACCCUUGAACAAGAUGGGGUAUUCAUUGAGUCUAUUGGUAAGGUAGUUCAAGGAACAGUCAUGUGUGUAGUGUCCGACAAUCUUGCAGCCCAUGAUUUGGCUGGGUUUUCAAAGUCUUUUAGAGCAGAAUAUUUUUGCAGAUUCUGCACAGCAACACAGGCUAAACUUCAGACUCAUGAAGUUGCAAGUGGUGAGUUCAGUCUUAGGACAAAAGACAGCCAUAAUAGCGAUGUGUAUGCAGUAAUGCAUGGGGAUAGUCAGAGUCAGAAUGGUGUUAAGGCAGAUUGUGUCCUGAGCCAGCAUCUAGAGCAUUUUCAUACCGUAACUGGCUUUCCACCUGAUGCCCUCCACGAUCUUUUUGAGGGCAUUGUGCCCGUGGAGCUUGCCCUGUGUAUCGGAGAGAUGAUCCGUCGCAAAUACUUCACCCUUGAAUAUUUGAACGAGAGAAUUCUAUCGUUUCCAUACCAGCACACAGACAAGGUUGACAAACCUCAUAAAAUACCACAGACCUUUGCUGUUAAGAAAAGCAUUGGCGGUAAUGGCCAUGAAAAUGCCACAUUGCUAAGACUGCUCCCUUUGAUUAUUGGGAAUGUAGUUCCAGAAGAGGAUGGAGCAUGGACUGUGCUUAUGGACUUAAAAGAGGUAGUAGAGUUAUCGUUGUGCUCAGAAUUCACAGAGGAGUCCAUACAGUAUUUACAGUCCAAGAUACAGGAUCAUAGAGAGAUGCUGAAAGAAGCCUUUCCAGAUUUCAAACUCCGUCCUAAGCAUCACUACAUAGAACACUAUCCUGACCUUGUACGCCGUUUUGGGCCACUUGUACACUUGUGGACAAUGAGGUUUGAGGGUAAACACCGGUUUUUCAAGAGAGUUGUACACGACACCCAAAACUUCAAAAAUGUGUUAAAAACACUUGCAGACAGGCAUCAAUACAUGGUAGCAUACCACCUCAGUGCCUCAGGAUUCUUCAAACCUCACCAGCAGACAUCAAAUGUCUCUUCUGUACUGGUAUCAAUGCUUCCAAAUGUUGCCAAGACAUACAUUGAACAAAUAACAGCAAGCAAUGUUAUUUACAGCACAUCAAAGGUCUGCAUUGAUGGAACCGAUUAUGAUGUAGGAAUGUUUUUGUCUGUGGGAAAAGAGGGGGGACUGCCUAAUUUCUGCAGAAUUGAACAGGUUCUCCUGGUUAACAGUAGUGUUGUCUUUCUUUGCCAAGAGCACAAAUCACACUACAUUGAACACCUGAGAUCUUACGAACUUUUCCCAAACAAUCUGGCUGUUCACUACCCAUCAGAGCUAAAUGACAAAACACCUCUCUGCGCUUACAACAUAGAUGGUAGAUUGCUCUUGACACCCAAACGUUUCAUAUUGUUAAACUGAAGAUUUGUUGAUGCAGGUAAACAGAUGAACUAGGGCUGCAUGAUAAAUCGCUGAGAAAUAUCGCAUUCAUAAUCGCAGGCGAUUCAUCUGCUAUUAUGAAUGCGAUAUUUCCCCUCUUGUCAGUGAACUACGGCUCUGUGUAGUAAAUGCCGCUCCAUCUGAAAGCACCUGAUGGCGAUAUACUACUAAUCAAGGAACCGGUUUUACUGACAAGAUGCGAGUGACAAUCGUGUGCGAUUUAUCGUGCAGCCCUAAGAUGAACACAUUCACACACAUAAAACAAUAUCUCUUGGAGCUGUGUGGACCAGUGGGUCCAUGAAUAAACUGCCCCACUACAACAGCUGGCCUUCUAUACAUUCCAUCGUUCAAGUGAUGUUCCAGUGUUUAUGUGGACCAGUGGGUAUGUGGACAUGUAUAUGUAGUGUGUGUCACCUCCACUUUUAAUGCAAAUUAACAGGUUUUUGUCUUUUAGGAACCAAAAGAUGGCUGCUGCCCAGAAGCAUGUGCUGCGUGUGUAUGUUGCACGAGACACCGCCCUGAAACUUACUCUACUUGAGCGACCAAAGUCAGUGGAGGAGCUGAAAGAAAUAAUGCAAGAGAGGUUCAAGCCAAGACUGGAUGGUGACUUUAGCCUGCACUAUGAGGAUCCGGACUUUGAGGGUGAUCUUUGCCUUCUUGUGGACAUCCAGGAGUUACCAGAGAAGGGCACAUUGAGAGUCGUCAGACCUGAAGGUGACACUUCAUCUACUACAUCUUCUGACACAGACAUACUCCCACAUGCACCUGCGUUACAGCGCCAGAAGAGUUGGCCUGAUCACUUUGUUGUUCCUGGUUUCGGUUAUGAAAUGGAGCAUAUACUAGAAGAAGGAAAUCGUGUUCAUGAAGAAUCAGGAAAAUUGCUGAAGUUAAAGAGGUCACAGAAGAGUGAAAUCCUUAAAAAAAUGGCAGAAACGAUCUAUAGUUUUAAACCAUACCCACAUGAAAAGGAAUUGGCAAUGGCUGCUCAAGCUUUGAUUACAGCUCAUCCAUGUCUCAGAAUGACGGCUGGUGAAGACGGGGAGUUGGGAUGGAAACGUCACAUAGGGUACAAGAUUGCGUCUUACCGUAACAAUCUGUCCAAAGCUGGGGUUGCAGAAGUCGCCAUCAACACAGGGAGGCGGAGCCGAAACAACCCCGACAAUGAUCACCCCCAUCAAAACAUAAAGAAAGCUCGAAAAGCUGAGGUAAACUACAUCAUCAACCUACCGAAGGAUCAAACUUCAGCCACUCUGGAAACAAUGAGAGAAGAAAUCAUACAUGAAGUCGAAAAGACUGAGAGAAACCAAUUAGUCAUAGUCAAGCUCAUGAACACAACCUAUGCCCUUCGUCGCCAAGAAAUUGUUGGAUCUCUUGUAGCUCCACGGGUGAGAGACAUCGUGGACAGAUGGCCAGCCCUACUUAUGGAAUCACAGGUGUUUGCAGAGUUCCACCGAAUUAACAAUGUUAACCUGCGCAAUCAAUUCUACAAGGAGCUGGACAGACACACGCCUAAACUCAUCAUCUUGUUCAGAGACAAGGCCAUCAAGACUGGCAAGAUAGCGGAGGAGCUAGCCAAGCUCAUGAGGAUUUAUGACCUUCAGGAACAGCGUGAUGUAAAUAUGAGACGGGCCCUCGUCCUUCGUGCACUUCCUGUGUACCUGCGUGAAGAUGCCUUCAAGUUCUUCAGGACCUGUAAUUCAGCAGAUGGUCCAGACCUCACUGACACUCCGGUGGCUCUCCUAACAGUCGUCACGGAUGACCCUACUGAUGCGGCCCUCUUCAGCCCUGAGAGCAUCAGUAUUGUUGUGGAGGAUGAAAUACUUGUGAGUGGUCCCACAAAUCUGGCUGACUCAUUUCUCCUGCUCUUUGGGUACAUCUAUGCACUAGACCUACAGUACCCAAAGAAUCUCGAGCUUACAUUCACGUUUGUCCAAAAGGUUGUCAUGUGUCUUGACGACAACAAACCACUGAAAGGGCGUCUACUGACGCUGAAGAAUGAUUUGUUCAAUGAGUGAAUUAGUCAGAAUGGAUUAUUUGUUGAGAUGGGUAUUGAGGAAGUUUUUUUUUUCCAUCUUUACAAAUGUAAUUUUUUGCCUCUUCUACCUCAGAUUUAAUACAUUGAUGUAUUGCCAAGCUCAAGUUUUUGUACUAUGUUCAAUUCAUGCACAAUACGUGUUUAAUGUUCUGCUGCCUAAUGCCUACCUUGAUGCACUACCUUGAUGUUGUCAAUUAGUGUGGCACAGUAAAAACCAGCACUUUGUUUGAAUGUUGUAUUUAAAAAAGUGAGUUGGAGCCUUCAAGAUACAGUAGUAUCAAAAUGUUUUUCAACAUUGUUAAAUGGCUCCAAAUUCUAAUAGUUGUCAUUGUUGUUGAGGAUAGAUUAUACUUAAAAUCUUAUUGAAUUUUAUCAUGAAUCUUUCGAGUUUUAAUCCUAUUUUUACCCAAAAUACUGAAUCUACCUUCUGUAGCAAUGACCACUAUCAGAAUAUGGAAAUAUUAGCACUUAAUGUACUUUAAAACACAUUUUGAUUUUAUAGAGUCGUUUUGUUUUAAUUUAUCACAAGCACUUUGUUUUGACUGAUCCGUUUUGAUUCGUGCCUUUUCAAAAAGCACA